AUGUGGUUCGAGUCGCGACAGAAGAAGAAGAACCGCCUGCACAAGGAGCAGUGCCAGCCGCCUCCUGUACAGACCGUAUCUCCACCUCCUCCAUACGCGGCACGACCAGUUGCAGUGUCCUCCCAGUCGAUCAGACCGGCGCCAUCGCACGUGCAGCUACCACAAUAUAUUAGUCCGCCGCUGCCAUAUCGCCAGCCUCAGAACGCAGUCACGUCGCUCACCUUACCUGCCAACACACCGUAUCCAAUAGUCAACCAAACUGUAGACUCAUACAAUAGAACAUUGGGUUUGUACGACGCAUGUGCGGACAAGUUUUGCAGUGUCAUCGCCCGCAUUGAUGAGGAUGACUUCGUGGGAGGGUACCGAGAUCUUGCUAUUGAUCAACCAUCCUUGCCGCAAUUGGACCUCGAGGGACCUCCAGCUACAUCAGAUCGGCGGCUGGUGCAGUUCGAAAAGCCACCGGCCAAGAAUGCUCGAGACAAGACUGUAGAAGUCUUUUCCAAGUUGGACUACUACCUCAACUCUCAGCUGCCACUGUCGCUUCCACCAUUGCAGCUCUACAUGCCAACCUACCCUCUACUCUGCCUGGCAGCCGAAUACUCGGCAGACGCUUAUCUCUCGCCCCGAUCAAGCGGUGAGAAGCGGCAUUACGUCUCGGCCGACGGACGAACAGGUGCGAAGGCUAUGGUCGUCAAGAGCGUGCCUUGCGACGACAAGAAGACCAUCGUCUUUGCCAUACGCGGGACGAGUGCCCUGAGCCUGCGAGACUGGGGCGUCAAUCUGAAGAAUGCUCCGUCCUCGCCCCAAGGUUUCCUGGACGACGAAGGCAACCUGUGUCACACCGGAUUUCUGAAGGUCGCCCGAGCCAUGGUUCGCCCCAUCGCUGCGCGCUUGCGGCAGAUUCUCGAGGAGAACCCCGAUCGCACAAGUUGUUCACUUCUCAUCACGGGACACAGUGCCGGUGGCGCCGUGGCGAGCCUGCUGUACGCGCAUAUGCUCUCAACAUCGAUCCACUCGGAACUCAACACCCUCACCGACUGCUUCAAACGAGUACACUGUGUCACCUUCGGGGCGCCGCCCAUCAGCCUCCUCCCCCUCCAGAAGCCCACCACCGCCGACGGCCGCCUGCGAAAAUGCCUCUUCCACUCCUUCAUGAACGAAGGCGACCCCGUCGUCCGCGCCGAGCCCGCAUAUAUCCGAUCCCUCAUCGAUCUCCUCGCGGCGCCAAACCCCAUCACGACCGGUCCCACCAGCUGCCACAAGACCAACACCGCCCUCACCUCGCUCGGUGUCCUCGGCGCCAGCAUGUCCCGCCUCGACCUAUCACUCAAACCCACCAAGUCCCGCCCGAACCUGCGGCAGCGGCAGGACCUCCGGCAGAAGCUAUGGUGGGACGUGCCGCCCGCGACGCUCUCGAACGCCGGUCGACUGGUGGCGUUGCGCGUGGCCAAGAAUGAUGGCAGACCGGAGAGCGAGAGCAUCGGCGCCUUUGUUGUCCGCGACGAGGAGCUGCGCAAGGUCGUCUUUGGCGACCCCAUCAUGCACCAGAUGAGCGUCUAUCGGAGGCGCAUCGAGGCAUUGGCGUUUCGGGCUGUCACGGGGAAGUUGUGCUCGUGA